AGGAGAUCAUAUGAACGUUCAGAGUGGAGUGCAGUAUUCUUUUCGGCGCUUGUUUAGGUUUCUUAACUCGAUGUAGCGCUCAGACUCAGUGUGAGAAGGGACGAAGAUGCCGCGUAAGUGUAAGUCGAAUUGCGGGAAGCGCCUGAAUGUGUCUGCGCAGUUGCUGGCCUUGCCGAUGACCUUGCCGGGGGACGAUCAUUUGAGCUGGUGCGUCCGUGCGUAUGAGAAUUUGCGCGGUACCCAGAACAUCCCCCCCAGGAUGAGGCGGACCAGAAGGCCGCGCUGGUGAGUGAUGUGGUGGAUGCGGAUGGCUCGACCUUCGUCUACGUGGAGAAGAAGUUGGUGGAGAAGACGGAGAAGGAGGGGGAGAAUGAGAAGGAGGGGGAGACGGAGAAGGCGGGUAACGCAGCGGGGAGCAAACAUCAUCACCAUCAGACGAAAAAAAGCGUCAACAAAAAUGCGAUGAAGAUCGUGGACGACGUGUCGAGGAGGGCGGAGCAGCAGCAGGUGGAUCAGGAGAUGGAGCGGAUGCGCGCGCUGCGGCAGCAAACAGAGCAAGCCCUGGAGAUGAUGCGGAUCCAGAACGAACGAAACCGAGAACGGCAGGCGCGGCAGUCCGCCAAUGGAGCCGUCUAGCUGCCCGCGGCUGCGACGAUCACACGAAACGAAUGAGAACAAAAGGGGUGCACAGCAAUCGCGCAGCUAGCUGCCGUUUUUCUUCGUUUCUAGAAUGCGUUUUUGAGUUGUCCUCUCAGCAAGUAGUCGUGCAGCUAAGUACUUACUCUUAUUCACAAUUCGAAUUCUGCUCACGAUUCAAAGACUUCAAUUUACUACAGAUGCAGCGACUUUUCUUAAAAAUAAGAACUGACUUAUUCCUCCAAUGUCAAUCACAAAUAAAUUCACUAUAACAGACUCAAACCGAUAACGAGCAAUGUCAAAAAAUCUCCACAAGUUACAAGUUACAGCAGUGUAGAAGGAUCUUUCGUCACAUAAGGUCAUAGUGCUGAUCCUCAGUUACUCACAGAUCGAUUCUUCAGGACCCGAUCCGCCGAAAAACGAAAGUUAGCCGCUCGCUCGUGACGCACCCCUAUCGGUCUCUAGUGCGGCGCUCUAUCGAAAGAGCGUGGUCCUCAGGCGUACUUAAUUACAACACACAUCAAGG